CGCCGAAAUUCGGCCUCUAAACCCGUCGCCUGUUCGGAUACAAUAGCGAGCCUGAAGCAUAAGAAGCAUGAUGUUCACCAUGAUCGUAUCCCUCAGAUCUGCGUCCAACUCACUCUUUUCGCAUUACCUCCCCCUAUACUCAAUAUGGCCUUUAAGCUCUCCAUGUCUCAACCAUCACCGAGCGUCCGCUCCUUAGGACGCCGUGUCGGAAGAAUUCCUGUCAUUAGAUCCAGGGGUGUUGCAACUUCACCUUUUCGUCUACCAGCUGCCAGGAAUGAGCCCAAUUUGGACUACACCAGGGGAUCCCCCGAAAGAGCGCAGGUCGAGAAGGCGUUGAAGCAGAUGAAGUCACAACUUCCACUUGAAAGCCAAUCUUUCAUCAGUGGCAAAGCUCUAUCGGUCUCGAAUUCGUUGCAACAACCUCUGCCCGCAGAACAUUCCACUACCUUCACCAACUAUCCUCUCAAUACCCCAGCGCAAAUUAACGAAGCAAUUGAAUCAGCACUGGCGGCCAAGGAGUCAUGGCAGAACACUCCUUUUGUUGAUCGGGCCGCUAUCUUUCUUAAAGCCGCGGAGCUUGUCGCGGGUAAAUACCGAUACGAGCUCAUCGCUGCUACAAUGUUGGGACAAGGGAAGAAUGUCUGGCAGGGUGAGAUUGACGCCGCUGCAGAACUGGCCGAUUUCUUUCGCCUGAACUGCAACUAUGCGGCCGAUAUCCUGGGGAAGCAGCCUGAUCGGGGCACUGAUGGGAUGUGGACGCGUGUCGAUUAUAGACCCAUGGAAGGAUUCAUCUAUGCCGUGUCGCCUUUCAACUUCACUGCAAUUGGUGGAAACCUGGUCAGUGGUCCAGCCCUUAUGGGCAACGUUGUGAUCUGGAAGCCUUCGCCUUCCAAUGUAUACGCAAGCUCGCUCGUCUACAAGAUUCUCCUCGAAGCUGGUUUACCUCCCAAUGUAAUCCAGUUCGUUACUGGCGACGCAGAGCAGAUAACGCAGACAGUACUCGGACACAGGGAGUUUGCGGGUCUCAACUUUACAGGUUCCUCGGAUGUCUUCCGUUCUUUGUAUGCUCAAGUCGGCGAGAACAUCGGCAAGAAGGUCUACCGGGACUAUCCUCGCCUGGUUGGUGAGACUAGUGGCAAGAACUUCCACUUGGUCCACCCCACUGCCGAUAUUGAUAGUGCUGUCUUCCACACUCUUCGAGGUGCAUUCGAGUAUCAAGGACAGAAGUGCUCAGCUACGUCUCGAUUGUAUCUCCCGGAGUCCCGGGCACAAGAGUUCCUGACCAAAUUGAAGUCUGAGAUCAACGAUAUCACAAUCGGGUCACCCGAGGAUAUGGGAGCCUUCAUGGGCCCGGUCAUUCACAAAGCGUCUUUUGAGAAGAUCAAGUCCAUCAUUGACGCCAGCAAUAAGGAUCGCUCAUUGGAGCUGAUUGCUGGUGGUACAUACGAUGGCUCAACCGGCUAUUUCGUCCACCCUACUGUGUACCGAGCCAAGGACAUCAACCAUGAUCUGUUCGACAAGGAAAUCUUUGGACCGGUGCUGGCAGUCUACGUCUACCCUGAUGCGGAGUGGUCCUCGACUCUCAAGAAGGUCGACCAGAGUGGCGGCGGGUUUGCCUUGACUGGAGCUGUAUUUGCAGCUGAUCGACGUGCUAUCCGUGAAGCCGAAGAUACCUUGCGGUACUCGGCUGGAAACUUCUAUAUUAAUUGCAAGACCACUGCGGCCUUGAUCGGACAACAGUCAUUUGGCGGCGGUCGCUCUAGUGGGACCAACGACAAGGCUGGCAGCGCCAAUGUUGUUCUGCGCUUUACCAGCCCCAGGACUAUCAAGGAGGAGUUCUUCCCCUUGAAUGGCUUCCGGUACCCAAGCAAUGAGUAAUGGAUGUAAUGGUUAUGGGCGUGCCAUGAUUCAAAAGGAGACUGGUGUUGGUGUACAUAUAGAAUUAGCAG